UGUAAGAAAAAUGUUCAAAAUCCCUAUUAAGGAAGGCGUAUAACAAAAAUAAUUUGUCACAGUUUAUUGCUCUGCUGUGAGGGUUCUACCAUUCUACACUGCCUGCACACUUCCGACGUUGGUGCAUGGAAUAGUGAAUGUCAGGCGCCUUUCAAAAACACUGAAGUCCCAAAUCAGUGAGGCGGAGGAAGGAGAAACAUGUAUCAGUAUCCAGUUCGAGGACUGGAGAAAAUUCGAAGAACAAGAAGGAAAGUGAAAAGCAUUUUAAGUGAAAUUGGACUUGAAGAAUGCCUGAGCUUGUGUGAAGAUCUCCAGGAGUUUGAUCCAGGAAACAGUGUUUUUGAUGCUACCGGGUGGAAUGAUUUAGCAGAUGGGUUUGAUGGCAGGUGGAAGAAGAAGUGGGAAUAUCGAACACGAGGACUGUGUUGUAGCCUUUGUAAAUUUUCGUCGAGGUCUUGGUAUUCCUUUAGGGCUCAUGUUCUUCGCUGCCAUAAUGAGGAUGAAAGAUGCUGCAGUCUGUCUGCCUGUUCGUUCUGCCCAUUCAUCGCCCAUCCUAAUGUGAUCACCAAACACUACAGAAUGUUCCAUUCUGAAAACCAAAAGUCAGAGUCUGACAUUGUGGUACCACAUCUGACCUCUAAAUCUGUGCCAGGAUUUACUUUUCAAUGCCGAAAAUGCUCAUUUCGUGACACACUCCUUUGCAACAUAAAAAAGCAUGUUCUUAUUAAUCAUUACACUUCCCUGUUGAAUCACUUUGCUGGACAAAGAACAGACUGUGAACUGCAGAGCCUAGGGCCGAUGACCCAGAGGUUUUAUUGCAAAGUGUGUGGUAUACCGGCUGAGACCUCAGAGCACUUACUGUUUCACAUACUAACCUCUGACAAGCACAAGGAGAUGGUUUUACAAAUCAAUACUCUUAUUUUUGAAACUGAAAUCAAGAAGGUUUAUCCCACCCUAGCACCAAAGACCCAAGGACCGGUUAUAACAGGGACAAAUAGUCAGCCAAUAGUGACUCCUAAACUGGCUCCAGGUGCAGUUCUACAGGGGGUGUCUAAUGGUGGCUCUAGAUUGUUAAAUGCUCCUACAUCUAAUACGGCAAUUCUCCCUGCUCAAGCCUCAGCCCUCGUUCAGCUUGCCAGUGCAGAGGCGAAAGGUUUGCUGCAACCUGGUCAGCCACUGACUCUACAGAAUGCCCAGACUGCUAGGACUGUGGCCACCACGCUGCCUGCUAUUGGCGGUACAGCUUCUGUAUCUACACAUCAGCAACUCCCCGUUAGAGUUGGAGUCCCUGGUCAGUUACAGCCUCCACCCCGUCAAGUUCUGCUGCCUCCUGGGCUACAGUUUAAUGUACCAACCAUAAGAGCACCACCCUCACAACCACUGAUUGUUACUCCAAGGUUCCCUUUGAACCAGCCUACCCCUAGAGGCACCAUGCUUACAUCACAGUCCCUUCUGAGUCAUCUGAUUCCCACAGGCAACAAGGUUGAUGGACUGCCUACCUACACUCUUGCCCCUCUACAAGUUUUGUCUGUCCAGGCAAAUAAUGUACAAGUGGUCAGUAAAGCUCCACUUCCCGUAUCCCAGAACAGUCCUACACUUCAGCAAAAUGCUGCAGCCAACAGUGUUUCCCACAACUCCAAGCAGACUAAGAAAUGGGUCACCUGUCCUGUUUGUAAUGAGCUUUUUCCAUCCAGUGUGUAUGAUUCUCAUGUUGAGGUCCACAAAGAGUCAUUCAAAAAAUCCAAGUUAGGCCUGGCUGCCCGAGCGCCCUUUUUGAAGAAAAUGCCUGAUAAGACUGUGAAAUGCCUUAUGUGCAAAAUCUUGCUGUCUGAAAAGGGUCUUUUUGAGCAUUUGCUUCAUGGUUUGAAUUGUUUGUAUUGUUCUGGAAUGUUCUAUUCCAUCAAGCAGCUAGUGGCACAUAUACAAGUGGACCACAACCCAACCCAAAAGGUCAACUGUGACUUCAUGAGACGAGAGUACCGUCUUUACACUGAUGAGUUUGGCAACCUACUUUUCCCCUAUUUUGACAUUAACACUGCAGCCCCAAAAGAGAUGAUGGGAGAAAAGGAGCUCAACCUGGCAUUGGUUACCAAUUCCCUUGAUCUGAUUUUUCUUAAGUUGUCGCCCAUGAAUCGCCAGCCGGUGUGCAAGAUGCCCGUACCUAAGCCGGACAGCCCAGACUGUGUCUUCUGUUCUGAGAAGCUGCUGAAUAUGGAGUGUUACCAGAUCCACCUCCGGGAAAAACACUUCAUCAUGCCUACUGUACAUGCAAUACUCAAAACCCCAGCAUACAAGUGUAUCUACUGUGGCGGGGUGUACACGGGGAAAACCACUGUCAAGGCGAUUACUGUCCACAUAUCAAAAUGCCGCUAUGCGCCCAAGACUCCCAAAGAUGCUGAAAAAAUAACGAGUUCUGGAUUAGCCGUUGCCCCUCGCGUAAACCAGGGGCUGAUGUCAUUUCCAGCACCCCCAAAACAGACAAUGGCGCCAGUCCCGGCUCCAGUUCAAGCCUCAGUUCCAGCCCCCCAGCGCCAAGAGAUGGAAGCAGAACUGCAGAGCACGUUAAGAUUGGAGCGGGCCGUGAAGGAGGCCAUAGAAGCAAAUAAACGAGACAGAGAGGCCAGACUGGCACGUAAAAGGAAGAUUGAAAAGUUAGUCUUGCCUGCUGUUUCACCUGAAGUGCAAAUUGAUUCUCCUGUAAAAUUUGCACUGGAGCCUGCUGGAAUCGAGCUAUGCUCCUUCGAAGACCGGCGCGAAUUUGUGAACAAAUACUUCAACAAACAACCAUACCCAGCCAAGAAGGAGAUCUUUGCCUUGAGCAGCAAAUUGCUGCUGAAUAAAACUGAUGUUGCCUGCCAGUUUGGCUCUAAACGCACUAGGUGUAUGAAGCACUUGCAAAGAAAUAAGGCUGUCGUUCUGUUAGGCUUCAAUAUGUCGGAAGUAAUAAAAUUGAAGCAUAACCUGCUCAUUCCAGAGAUAGAACCCGAGAAGCCGUCUCCUGAGGCAGAAUCAUGAGCACAGUUAAUUGGCGAGAAGAGGAGUAGAAUGUUUGCAUAGUUUGAUAGACUGUCAUGAAACUGAAUAACUUGCUCAGAAACUAUAACAGAGAGUGCAUUGUGUUAACAGUAGAGCAGUCAUCAAAGGGCCACAAUCAGUUAAUCAAAGACAUUUGUAGACUCAUUUUUCCUGGAAAUGGAACCUACAUGGCAAGUUGAACUUCAGUGUACCUGGAUUUGUAUGCUGUUCAAUAAUAGUUGAAUGUUUAUUCUGCAAAGAACAUGCUGUGUUUAAUAAUGACACUUGAAAAAGAUGACCCUAUCAUGUUUUGACCUCACUGUUGGUUUA